AUGGAACAUAGUCGCUGGCCAGAGGCCUUACCGCCAUAUGAACCCUCUCCGGACUAUAGCCCAACAGACGAAAAGAAAGACCAGUUCCUUGUCGAACCCGAGUCUUCCGAGCCCGGCUUCGCCAAUUCAUCAACUCUCAGUCGUGGCCUACAAGUACCUUCCCGUACCACAGCCACAAGUUCCGGCUUCGCCUACCCAGAAGAGUUAUCCAGACACGAGAUCUCCCAAGAAAAAUGGAUAGAAUUCACAUCAGCGAUCUCUGAAGAAGCCAAGCUUUCCCGCCAACAAUGGACCACGGUCGUUGGCAAAGGUCUAGGCACACUCGCACUAGGAGGCGUGAUGAUCGGGAUUCUGGGUGCUAUACCCGCAGUCCUGGUCGCGAAGAACGCCAGAAGACGACAAGAACAGAGGAAUUUAAUCGCUUCGAUGGCCGGUGCUCGUGGAGAAAAAUUGUCAAGGCAUCUGGCACAUUGGAAUGAGACAUUUUUCCGACCUAGAGGCGUGAUCAUUCGCGUGGAUCUACCGGAUGAGUACCUGGAUGAUAUGGAUAUCAUGGAUCUUCACCGCGGUGGAUCGAAAAAGAGUGACAAUCGUGCCCGGGAGGAUGCAGCCCUUAAAGCGCGAGUUGUUAUCAUUCCCUUGGACAGAUCGUCUUCUGGGAGAUCAAGUAGUGACGAGUCGCGAUGA